AUGGAUUUCAUCUAUGGGUUUCCCAAAGACGUUCACAAGAACACCGGUAUUAUUGUGUUUGUGGAUCGGUUCAGCAAGAUGGUACAUCUUGUUGCUGUACCGGAGUCAAUCACAGCCCAGGGCUGUGCUCGUGUCUUCAUCGAUACUAUCUCCCGACUUCACGGGUUACCCCGUGAACUCGUGUCUGAUAGGGACCCUCUCUUUACAGCGGAGUUCUGGCAAUCCGUGUUCCGUUCACUUGGAACACGUUUGCAGAUGUUGACUUUGGACCAUCCCGAAACAGAUGGUCAAACGGAACGCGUCAACCGCGUCCUCGAAGAGAUACUUCGAGGGUGCGUCCACUCGUUUACGAGCAGGAGUAAGUUCUUGCCGAUGGCGGAAUUAGCCACCAACAUCUCGGUGCAUGUGUCGACAAAGCAUACACCGUUCUUCGUGAAUGGCCUAUGA